GGUCGAUAGAUAUAUGAGGAGAGUUUCACUUUUUUCGAGGACCAAUCCAAAAAUGAAGGUGGAAAAAUCAGAAGGGUCCUUAUGGUCCUUUUCCCGCAAGGAUGGGCCAUGCUCAGAUAUUCGUAACGACGGAUAAAAAAUUUCGACCGAUCCGGGCCGGGUCUGCAGGGCGGUACCGAUCGGCACAGCCGAGAUGCCUGGACGAAGUGCGAAGUCAGGCGUCGCUUUGGUCCUCGAUGUGCCCAGUUUGUAUAUCCGGCGUUGAAGGACUCGAUGGGGUCGGGAAAACGGCCGGAUCAUUUCGGUAUCGAUGCGGUGACUGUGCGGGGAAUGGACGCGAGUGUCCCUUUCAAGGUCGCAUCUAAAUACUGCGAAGAAAAACAAAACGUUCCGGUCUUGGGGAGUGGCGGACCCGAGUUUCAAGGCGGAGUAGGCCGCGGUGCGGUCGGUUCGUAAAGCGGGACGCGCGCGGAAUAAGGGAGCGGGUGUCCCGCGGUCCGACCGGCGAGGCGUCUAAAUCCCGAUGAACGAGGGGAUGCCUCUCGAUGCGUGGGGGAUGAGUGGAUCACGUGACGACGAUUAGAGGAGCUCUCGCGGGACUCGCCCCCGGAUUCGGCGGCUGACAUCCGGAUUCGACCACGGAUUCGGUCGGCCGACGGAGUCUUGCGUCGGGUCGCCGCCGCCCUUUCAACCGGGGAUGCAGCGCCUCGUCGCUGGGGGAUCGGGGAUCGUUCCUCUCGAGCUGGAAGGUCCAGAAGUUCGACUACUGGGAGAGGCAGGGGAUCGUGACCCGGCCGCCUGUGUAUCCAUUCAUAGGGAGCAUGUGGAAAGUGUGGAGGAGGAUGACCCACGCGGAGGACGCGAGAGACGUCAAGGCGCACGGGUCGAGGAUCGGGCUUUACGAAGGGACUCGGCCCUAUCUCCUGUGUGCAGAGCCAGAUGUCAUCAGAGAAGUUUGCAUCAAGAAAUUUGACCACUUCGUGGACAGAAUGGAGCCGGUCAUCGCUGCUCGCUACUGGAGGAAGAUGCUGGCUCUUCUUGCGGGCGAGGAGUGGAAGGAGGUCCGUCGUCGACUCACUCCCGUCUUCUCCUCCGGGAAGAUAAGGAAGAUGACUGCUUUGAUGGGUGAAUGUGCAGAUACUCUGGCGAAGAAUUUCCUCAAGAACGUUCGGGAGAAAUCUGCUGUUGUGGAUCUGAAAGAGCACUAUGGGGCCUUUACAAUGGAUGUGAUAGCCACAUGUGCAUUUGGGAUCAAGAUUGACUCACUCAGCUCACCAGAUGAUCCCUUCGUUGAGAAUGCCAAGGAGGUGUUCUCUGGUCCUCAAAGCCGUUCCCCGUUGCUUCUUCUCUUAUUCGUUUCCAAGUGGAUCCCCAGACUUAUGAGUGGCUUUUUCUUCACUAAGGCAUUUACUUUCUUUCUCAAUGUGGGCAAGAGCAUUGCCGAGAAGAGGAAGGCCGAGAAAAAUAGGGAGAGAGGAGACAUGAUUGACCUGAUGUUGGAUGCACAAGAUGAGGAGCAGAAGGAAAAUGAAGCUGAUCCUACCAAGUCUACUUUCUUCACUGAUGAAGUCAUGAUUGCACAGAUGGUUUUGUUUUUCCUGGCCGGUUAUGACACGACUGCCACGACCCUCACCAUGGCUACAUACUAUCUGGCACUGAAUCCAGAGGCACAAGACAAGGCUUUGGCUGAGAUCGAGGAGAAGAUGGCUCUACAUGGAGGAAUAAAUAAUGAAACGGUGAAUGACUGUCCUUAUCUGGAUCAAGUGAUCCAAGAGACACUUCGCCUCUUUCCACCAGGCCUUAGAAUUGAACGAACCUGCACAAAAUCGAUUGAAAUUCAUGGGAUCAGAUUUGAGGAGGGAGUGCGUGUUGGGUUCCCAGUUUAUGCGAUCCACCACGAUCCUGAGUUCUUUGAGGACCCAGAGGAAUUUCGUCCCGAACGCUUUGCCCAGUCCGAGAAGGGGUUGCGACACCCGAUGACUUUCCUUCCCUUUGGUCAGGGUCCUCGGAACUGCAUUGGGAUGCGAUUUGCACAGGUGGAGAUCAAGGUGGCUCUGUGUCAUGUCCUCAGUCAGCUCAAGAUCUCAUGCUCUCCCCAAACUCAGGUUCCAGUGGAAGCAACAACAUCUCCAAACAUGACAUUCCAACCAUUGAAUGUUGUGGUGGAAAUGAAAGCCAGGAAUUGAAUUCCCCUUUCCACAUGCUGUAAAACCCUCUCUGCAGUAUAUCCUGUGUAACUUUCAGGUUUGUCAGCUGGGAAAAGAGCAGAGGCAUGGUGAAUGGCUGUCAUUCUGUAACUAUUAAGGGUCUCUAUUGUUGUGAAACCAGCCUUAUUAGUGUCUCUCAAGAUGAUUUUUUUGGUUCGCAGAUGUGCUUAUAUGUCCACAUUGUCUACAUGGGUGUUUCAUUGCUUUGCUCUGAGGUUAUUCUCCUGCAUGGUGAUUAUCUGUUAUACAUCUCUCUAAAAGAUUUGGCAUCUCAUAAUCUGAAAUUAUGCAGAUGGUUUUGCUGUCAUGUUAAAGACUUGUAUCCUGAUGGUGGAAGAUUUAAUCAAGUAAAUUUAGAGCUCCUCAAAGUAGAUGUCUUCUUGUUCAUAUGUACCACUUAUGAUGUGUUCUGAGUGAAACCUGGGUCUUAUCAGGUUCACCAGACUGGUCUGUCUGAUUUUUUAGUCAAUCAUAAAUGCACCUGCUUUUCUUCUGCUAUGAAAUGGAUGAAACGCCUCAGUUUCAUCUCAGGAACAUAUCUAUUAAUACAGGAUGGAUUUCAUGUAAUCAGUUAUAUUUUCUACAUGAUGCUAUUCAGGCAUCCAUAUUCCCGGUGUUUGCAACUUUGAAUCCUGUUGUGUGUUAGGUCCAUACCUAUGUUUAUUUAGAAGAUGGCAAGGUAAGUCCCUGCAGUCCUCCAUUUUCACUUUCCACAAUUGGAGACUUUUGCUUGCAGAUGUCUGCAUACAUUUUGAUGUUCCAUGUGAGAGGAAAAAUAUUUAAUUGCAGUAUAAGGAAGAGUCAUUUUGCAUAAGUAUAUAUAUAUAAGUAUAUGAAGUUACUCUCUGCUGUGUGAUGCAUUGGAUGUGAUAUCUAUUUUUGAUACCUGUAUUUGUUUUUAUGCAUUCAAAAAGAGUAUCAUGGAUGUAGCACUUAUAUCGUCAUUAUUUUGCUACUUGGGGCCU